CACAGUAAGGAAUUCGAAAAGAAAAAACUGCGGAUAUACAUUUUUUUCUUCUUUGCAUUGUGGAGUUGCAACACAAAAAAGGAGAGAGAGAGGACUGCUGGCUGCACUUGCAAGGAAGAAGAGCAGCCGGACAGGUAAUUUGCUUCAUAUUCGCAUCCUUCAAGAUCGCAGAGUUGACAGGCUCCGCGCUCCGAGUUUUGGAAAAACUGCGCGGGUAUUUAAAUGAUCCUCUGUGGACAUAUCGUGCGGACAGAGGGAUAUUGCAGCCUCACCCAGAAAAAAGAGGAGAUUCUAACCUCAAACUGUGAGUAGGAUAUGGACUGAAUCACUUUCUGGUAACAUAAUGCUCGGACUAUAGUGGGGUUUUUUUGGCUUUUACGCGCAUGAUUUUCACAUAUUUGCGGGAGCGCACGGAGCCUCUGUGGUGAGUUUUUGAUAUCAUUGCGGCUUCUCUCUUUUUUAAAAAAAAUAAAAUAAGGGAAAGAGCAACUAACAUCCAGUGCUGGGGGAGGAAAAGCACAGAGAAGCCCGUGCACUUGCUGCUUUGCACUGCAGCAGGAGCGAUGUAGGAAGUCGUCCGAGGAUGAAGUCUCACGCAUCGGGCUGCAGAGGGAAAUGAAAUAUCUUUUUUCAGUACCGAUUAAUUGGUGAUUACUGAUCUUUUUUUUUUUUUUUGACAUUUUUCCCCAUCUAAGUGUUUUUUUUUUCCACGAGGGAACAAUGAGGACUACUGGUGCAGUGGACUAUUUGUACUAUUGCAUGCUCAUCCUGCAGCUCGUGCAUCAGCCCGCCGCCAAGCAAGUGCUCCGGUACCGUUUGGCCGAGGAGGGACCCGCCGAUGUCAGAGUCGGGAACGUGGCGGGCGACCUGGGGAUCGUGGCCGGUUCCGGCGAGGUGACAUUCACGCUGGAAUCGGGCUCUGAUUUCUUCAAAAUAGACAACAUCACAGGUGAGCUCACCACCAACGAGAGGCGCAUAGACCGCGAGAAACUACAGCAGUGCCAAAUGAUCUUUGACGAGAAUGAGUGUUUUAUAGAUUUCGAAGUGUCAGUGAUUGGACCAGCCCAGAGCUGGGUCGACCUUUUUGAGGGGAAAGUCAUCAUAUUAGACAUAAAUGAUAACACUCCAUCUUUCCCAUCCCCUGUCCUGACACUGUCUGUGGAGGAGAACAGACCCAUUGGAACCCUUUAUCUGCUGCCCACAGCCACAGACAGAGAUUUUGGCCGAAAUGGAAUAGAGAGAUAUGAGCUUAUCCAGGACAAUGGGGAGAACUCAAGGCGCUUGGGCUCCUCCGGGGAUUCAUUCUCGGGGAAGAGGAGAUUUGAGGAGGGGGCGAGCAGGAGCAGCGUCUUUGAACUGCAAGUUGCUGACACCACUGAUGGCGAGAAGCAGCCUCAACUCAUUAUUAAAGGGGCCCUUGAUAGGGAACAGAGAGACUCCUAUGAGCUCACGCUGCGAGUCAGGGACGGAGGAGAUCCCCCUCGCUCCUCGCAGGCCAUUCUGAGGGUGAUGAUCACUGAUGUGAAUGACAACAACCCUCGGUUUGAGAAGAGUGUGUAUGAAGCUGACCUACCGGAAAACAGCUCCCCCGGUGCCCCCAUACUGCAGCUCAAGGCGGCUGAUGCAGACGUGGGGGUGAACGGUCAGAUUGAGUAUGUGUUCGGGGCAGCCACAGAGUCAGUGAGGAGGCUGCUGAGGUUGGAUGAGAACACAGGGUGGCUGAGUGUCUUGCACCGCAUCGACCGUGAAGAAGUGAGCCAACUGAGGUUCACGGUAAUGGCCCGUGACCGAGGCCAGCCGCCCAAAAUGGACAAGGCCACUGUGGUGCUGAACAUCAAGGAUGAGAACGACAACGUCCCUGCUAUAGAGAUACGCAAAAUCGGGCGCAUUUUCUUGAAAGAUGGCAUCGCCAACGUGGCUGAGGAUGUGGUGGUGGACACACCCAUUGCCUUGGUUCAAGUGUCAGACCGAGAUCAGGGGGAGAACGGCAUUGUGACCUGCACAGUGGUCGGGGAUGUUCCCUUUCAGCUCAAGCCGGCGAGUGAAAUGGAGGGUGAGCAGAAUAAAAAGAAAUACUUCCUGCACACGUCUGCUCCGCUGGACUACGAGGCCACACAGGAGUACAAUGUCGUCAUAGUGGCUGUGGACUCUGGAAGCCCCAGCCUUGCAAGUAAUAACUCUCUUAUCGUCAAAGUGGGUGACACAAACGACAACCCUCCUAUCUUCAGCCAGAAUGUAGUUGAGGUGUCGUUCCCGGAAAACAAUGCCCCUGGCGAGAGGGUGACAACAGUGGCGGCCAUCGACGCAGAUAGUGGCAAGAAUGCUGAGAUCGCCUACUCCCUGGACUCAUCGGUAAAUGGGAUUUUCUCUAUCGACGCAGACAGUGGAGACAUCCGAGUAAACACCAUUCUGGAUAGAGAGCAAACGGAGCGCUACGAAUUCAAAGUGAUAGCCAAAGAUAAGGGCAUAAACACUCUACAGGGCUCUGCAACAGUGGUCGUGCUCGUGGCGGACAAGAAUGACAACGAGCCAAAGUUCAUGCAGGAUGUGUUCACCUUCUAUGUCAAAGAGAACCUUGAACCAAACAGCCCAGUUGGCAUGGUGACAGUCAUAGACGCAGAUAAAGGCCAAAAUGCAGAGAUGAGCCUUUUUAUUGAGGAAGAAGAGGAUAUUUUUUCGAUAGAAAAUGACACAGGGACUAUUUUCUCCACUUUGUCGUUUGACAGAGAGCAGAAAACGACCUACACAUUCAGAGUCAAAGCUGUGGACGGUGGUGACCCCCCCAGAUCAGCCACAGCCACAGUUUCCCUCUUUGUCAUGGAUGAAAAUGACAAUGCACCCACGGUCACUUUCCCAAUAAACAGCUCCUACACGCUGCUUCCUCCCUCCAGCAACAUCAGAACAGUAGUAAGGACUGUCAUAGCAACCGAUACAGACACUGGCAUCAAUGCUGACUUGAACUACAGCAUCAUUGGGGGGAACCCGUUCAAGCUGUUUGAGAUUGAUGGAGGCACUGGGGUCAUCUCACUGGUGGGGAAGCUGGAGCAGAAGCACUACGGCCUCCACAGACUUGUAGUGCAAGUAAACGACAGUGGCCAGCCUUCACAGAGCACCACCACGCUGGUGCACGUGUACGUCAACGAGACUCUAUCCAACUCAACAGUUGUGGAGGCCCAGGUGGCGAAGAGUUUGAGUACGUCUCUAAACACGAACAUCGCAGGUGACCCCAACUAUGAUCUGAGCAAACAGCGGCUGAGCAUUGUAAUUGGAGUCGUUUCGGGCAUCAUGACAGUUAUACUUAUUAUUUUAGUCGUGGUCAUGGCACGCUACUGUCGCCCCAAGAACAAGAAUGGCUAUGAAGCUGGCAAAAAGGACCACGAGGACUUCUUCACGCCACAGCAGCACGACAAAUCCAAGAAGCCCAAGAAAGACAAGAAGAAACAAAAGUCCAAACAGCCGCUCUACAGCAGCAUCGUCACCGUUGAGGCCUCCAAACCCAACGGGCAGCGCUACGACGGCGUCAACGAGAAGCUGUCGGACAGCCCCGGCAUGGGCCGCUACCGUUCGGUCAACGGAGGGCCGGGGAGCCCAGAUCUGGCCCGACACUACAAGUCCAGCUCCCCGCUCCCUACCGUGCAGCUUCACCCACAGUCUCCGACGGCUGGGAAAAAGCACCAGGCAGUUCAGGACCUGCCCCCUGCCAACACCUUCGUUGGCACCGGAGAUAACAUUUCCCUUGGAUCUGACCACUGCUCUGAAUACAGCAGUCAAACUAUCAACAAGUACAACAAACAGCCGUUUCGCCGAGUGACCUUCUCUGUGGUGAGCCAGCCCCAGGACCCUCACCAGCAGGGAUCGCUGCAGAGCUGCUACGACAGCGGCCUGGACGAGUCGGAGACGCCCAGCAGCAAGAGUUCGUCGGGCCCCCGGCUGGGCGCCCUUCCCCUGCCCGAGGACAGCUACGAGAGGACAACGCCGGAUGGCAGUGUCGGUGAGGCAGAGCACAUGGAAAAUGACUCCCGGCCUUUGCCUGACGUAGCCAUGACUGGCAAGUGCACCCGGGAAUGUGACGAGUACGGCCACUCGGACUCCUGCUGGAUGCCUGUGCGCACGUCGCCUGAGCGACGGCCAUCCAAGUCAACCACCAACCCCCAACAACCAAAGCUUUCCACUUUCAUGAGCGGCAAUGGCAGCGGCAGCAGCAGCGCCGAGCAGCCCGGCAGCCAAGAGACCCUCGCCAUGGCCGCCAUGGCCAACGGAGACCCUACAGCCGCUCACAUGAUGGGCGACCGCAACCGCAACUUGCUCAACAAGAAGAUGGCUUCCUCCUCCUCCUCCUAUGAGGCUUUCGGUUCGCCUUCCUACGGCUCGCCGGGAAGCGUGGAGGAGACGCUGGGCCACCCCACCGAGGAGAUCCCUUUGGCGCCCACUGGGGAGUACAAGCCCACAACCUGCGGUACUCUGACGCGGCGGGAGGUGUACCUGUGAGCUAGGAGACGCACCACAAGGCAUUACACUAAGCGUAGCUGCUUACCCACCACCGUUACAGCUCUAGAAGCUUUUACCCUUGUUCUGCAAGGUAAACUUUCUCCAAAGACUUUGAUGACAGCUCCGUAAUGAAACGUGGAUACAAACACAGUUUUUAAAGUGCUAACUCCGGCCAUGACCUGGGAGAAAGAAGGAGGAGGAGGAACUGUUGAGGGGCGUUGCUGGGAUAUUUUACUGGCGAGUCGGGCUCUUGGGACAUGAUCUGCUGCUUGACAGUCAAUCUGUACAAUAAUCAUUUUACAUAUACAUGCAUGCAUUACUCUCCCUUUGCGUCCCCUAUGAACGCCCCUGAAGAUGUACAAAAGAGACUUUUUGUGUUUUUUCUAGAAGCUGUACAUGUGGACUAUUUUGACUUCAAUGUCUGGUUUGCCUUUUUUUUAAUUUCCGAAGUGCGGCCAUGAUGUUCAGUGGUUGCAACAUUAUAUUGGACACAAUGUCUAUGGUCUCUAGCACCCUGAGCUAUGGAUCUAUGGAAACUUGACUGUUUGCGAUCUGACAGCUGACCAAAACUUACCAUGUUUGAAUCUUAAAAGGACGGGAAGCUUUAAAUACCCAGAAAACACUCGUCUCUCUUGUAACGGAGACUCUCGGAUGAACAUUGGAGCCAAUGGAAUUUUGCUGCAACUGUUUCAGACAACGCUGGUUUGACGAACAUACUGAUUCUACCAGUGAGAGAAGUCCAUCAUUGUACAUAAACAUUGGACCACGGCAACAACGCUAACCGCUCUCAUAUCCCCCGCCCUUUUGUCUUGCUACCUUCCUCUUGUUUGUUGAUUGGCGCGACCAAACCCUCAAGAUGCAAAACCCUAGAGCCAUGAUCUAUCGCCGCAUCGGCUGGCAUGUGUCGUGCAUAUUCGGAAUCACCUCAGUGGGAUGUUUAUAUCGACUUGUAAUACCCUGAUUUUUGCAAUUUCACAUAUGCAGACACACAGAUUUAACUGAGGCCAAGUGGCACCGCCGGACUGAAAAUCCUGGGUAAGCACACAGCGUGGCAUGCCGAGAUUAAAAUUACGGAGGUGCAGUUGAAAUUGUAUGUGUGUAUGGGCCCCCGAUAUGCAGUAUAUAGUGUGUGUGUGUAGGCUAUAUUUAGUGUAUACUGUAGAUGUACACCGAUAAUAGGCUUAGGAGGGCGUAAACAUGGCCAAGCUGAUCCUGAAAACAGCUGCAAGGACAGCUUUUUACUGUUUUUUUCCUUUCUUGUUGUGUGAUAGACUGAGCAAUAAAUAUCAUAAUGUACACGUGACCAACGACUUCUUUUUCACUUCUCCUCAAGCCUUCAAGGUGACAUCCUUGUAGGGGUCCUUUUUUUAGUAGAUGUUGCUUUCCAUAAUGGCAUCUUUGAGCACGAAUGUAAGAAUCAGCUCAAUGGAGAACAAUCAAAAACGCAACGUCUGUAACUAUAUCGGGAGUUUUUUUUUUUUUAAAUUACAGGCUGAAAAAUGGUGAAACCAAAGCUUCGUAAACAAGAUGAAGCAUUCCCCCUGUUAACACACAAAAAUACCUUUUUGUUGGGGCUUUAAGAACACAUCACAUGAAGGAUUUUUAUCACGAAGGAUUGAGAUAAGAAAACACACGACAAUGUCUGCCUGUCUACGGUGGUGUUUCUUUUCUCGCAGCUACAACUGAGGCGCAAAUCUCACGAGUGUAAUAAAAGCAAAAGAAAAUCAGAUGCAAUGGAACUUUUUUUGUAUGUUAGCAAAACCCCUUUGGUUUUUUGAACCGGAGCUGCUUUUUUCCGCAUCCCGGCGAUCUAAUAGUCUGUAAGUACUUACUCGUUGUUCGAAAGAAAGUGCUCCUAUACUUAUCAACUGUAUACAUGAAUAUUUACUUUUUACUGCACGUUUAAUGGGAACUUACUUCACUUACUGAGAAGGAAAAAAAAACUGUAAAACAAAAUGUACAAAAAAAUCCCUGUAAACAUGGAAAUCCACCUUGUUGCUUGCUUUUGUUAUACCUAAAGAAACAUGUAGUACAACUUAGUACAUCUUUUUAUUUUUUGAUCAUAUAUCACCACACAAAUCCAAAAUCUUUCAUAUGUUUUAUAUUUUUUAUCUUGUAUUUUACUUUGUAAUCCCAUAUUUGUCACACUUUUAACAGUCAAAAACCGUGGAAAUGAUCAUGACGAUGUACUAUGUGUUUAACUUUUUUUUUCUUUAUCUGGUGCCACUUUGUAUAUUUAGAGUGCUUCUGAAAAACUAAAAAAAAUGUAAAAAAAAAAAAAAAAAAUACUAGAGUGAAUGCAAAUAUGCAAUUGUGCCUUUUUAUACCAAUUGGUAUGAUUAAAUGUUGGUUCGGAAUGGUGCAUACAUAACAAAAUUGGGGUGACAUUUAAGAACGGACUGAAAAAAUAAUACAUUUGCAUAUCUUAGAUGAAAUCCCAUGAUGUCAAAAGGCUUCUCGGAGGACAACCGGUCAAACGUCAGUGAGCCCUGUAGGUCUACUCGUUCACUGAUCUUGUUGAAAUAUCCAUUCCUAGCAUAGUGCAUUACCGAAUGAGUACAGGUACAUUCAAAAAGUUGCUUGUUGGUAGUAAUAAUAAUGAUAUAAUGGAUUUUUUUGUCGUGUUUCACUCAUGUACAUGUAUGACAUCAGAGGUCAAGUAACCUUCUUUGUGCAUGAAACAAGCUCUAGGACUGAAUAUAGAAGCAUAGAGAGAUAGAAGCGGCGGGAAAGGG